AUGAUUGAUGAUUAUACUACUCCUCUUCCCGGUUCUUCCUCUUCUAAACCAACAACAAGAGAACUUACGGACGAAGAAAUCAAGGAUUUAAUAAACAUUUCAAUCAACGCGAAAGAACAUUCGUAUUGCCCAUACUCGAAUUUCCGCGUUGGAUGUGCAUUACUUACCGAAAACGGGACAUGGUAUCUAGGGGCAACAAUUUGUGCUGAACGCACCGCAAUUAUAAAGGCUGUUAGCGAAGGUCAAAGAGAAUUUAUAGCGAUUGGAGUUUCGACCGAUCAACACGAGUUUAUUGCUCCGUGUGGUAUGUGUCGACAAUUCCUAGCUGAAUUCGUACAUAACAGCUUCCCAAUCUACCUCGUGAAACCGGAUCGUACGCAUAAAAAGGUCGUAUUCGAGCAUCUGUUGCCAAAUGCCUUUCGACCAGAAUCGUUGCUACCGAAAACUGAUGAAAACGAUUGA